AUGACGUUCCACAAGAUGACUAUGAAGGUGGAUGAGAAGUUUGAGCAGUAUGUCAGCCGUCUCAAGAUUCAAGGACGCAAAUGUGGCUUCAGUGGCCCAGGAUUAGACAGUGAAGUGCGUGACCGAGCUAUCGCUGGAUGUAAGCCCAGCCUACAAGAGAAGCUGCUUCAUCAAGCGCUGGAGAAGGGUGACAACCUUUCUCUGCAGCAGGUUCUGACCAUGGCAAGAGUGUGGGAGGAAACCAGACGUGUGACACAAGAAAUGUCAUCACAGCCAGAGGGUCAUACUGCGAACAUGAUGAAGAACAUGAGCCACCAGGAAGAGCAGCAUGUGCAUCUGAUGCAGAAGACCAGGCCAGCCACUCACAUUAAGGACAACAGAGGACAGGAGGACAAGCCCUGCACGGCCUGUCAGUUCCGUGGACACAGUGCUGGUGGUCCGCGGUGCCCAGCACGAGGAAAGAAGUGUGCAAAAUGUGGUGGUAUGGGCCAUUUUGCUCGAUGCUGCAAGACGAGGAUGCCAAGACAGCAAAAGGGCGGCAGAGUUCAUGCAGUCGAAGCUGGACAGACAGAGAUGCACCUGAACCUGUGGGAAGUCAGUGACAAGCAGGACCUGCAGGAAAGGGGAAGCAAGGUGUCCGUGCUGGUCAAUGGAUGUGAGCUGCAGAUGCUGAUUGACACAGGAUCCCCAGUGUCAAUUGUGAGCCGGGACAUGAUGGUACCUGGUCUCGACAUCCGACCAUUACAGCUGAAGCUGAAGUCCUUCACAGGUCACAUGAUUCCACUAGUCGGUGAAGCAGAUGUGAAAGUCUCCGCAGAGCAGGGAGUGCCAAGGAAGCUGUGCUUGGUGGUGGCUGACAUGACUGGAAGGAGAGCCCUGAUGGGAAGAGACUGGAUUCAGGCGCUGAGGGUGACAGUACCAGGAUGUGUUGGAGUCAACAUGAUGGAACAAGAGCCGCUGGAAGUGGUUCUGGAGAAACACAAGGAAGUGUUUGAAGAGGGACUGGGCUGUGUCAGCAUCAAAGCUCAUCUGACACUGAAGCCAGAUGCAAGACCGGUGUUCCGGAAAGCGAGACAAGUCCCACAUGCUCUGUUUCAGAAGGUGGACGCAGAGCUGGACAGGUGGCUGAGAGCAGGUGUGGCAGAGAAAGUGGACAGGAAUAUCAACACAGACUGGGGAACGCCGCUAGUCCCUGUGCCGAAGGCGGAUGGAAGUGUUCGACUAGCUGCCGACUACAGGAUCACAGUCAAUCCGCAGCUGAUGGUACAGAAACACCCUCUACCCACACCUGAAGAGCUGUUCGUGAGGAUAAAAGGGAAGAGAUUCUGCAAACUAGAUCUAAAGGAUGCAUACUUGCAGAUGGAGCUCGACGACGAGUCGAAGAACAUGACGACUGUCAACACACACAAGGGACUCCUCCGCAUGAACAGGCUACCGUUCGGGAUAAGUGCCUGUGGCGACAUCUUCCAAUCAGCCAUGGACCGAAUCUUGGAGGGACUGGAUGGAUGUGUCAACUACUUGGAUGACCUACUGGUGAUGGGAGGCACAGAGGAGGAGAUGUUGAAGUCGCUGGACCAGGUGCUGGCGAGACUGGCCGAACAUGGAGUGCGACUGAAGAGGAGCAAGUGCCAGUUCAACCUCAAGGAGGUGACGUAUCUGGGAUGGCGGAUCUCAGGGACCGACCUGAAGCCAGUGCCGGAGAAGAUCGAGGCUCUCCUGAAGAUGCCAGAGACCAAGGACGUCAGUGAACUGCGAACACUGCUCGGUAGUUUGAACUACUACCAGAGACUGAUCCCGAACAUGGCAACAACUCUGGCGCCUCUCCACAACCUGUUGAAGAAGGAGGUGAAGUGGAAGUGGAGCCGUGAAUGCAAGAGAGCGGUGGAAGAGAUCCAACGAGUGCUGUCCAGUGACAAAGUUUUGAUGAGGUACGAUCCCCAGAUGCCCAUCAAACUGAUCACUGAUGCCAGCUCAGUCGGAGUAGGCGCAGUACUGGUCCACGUCAUGUCUGACGGACUGGAGCGCCCAGUGUGCUACAGCUCAAGAACACUGACGGCAACUGAGAAAAAGUACUCAGUGCUGGAAAAGGAAGCCCUGGCCGUUUCCUUUGGAAUCAAGAAAUUCCAUCAGUACUUGUAUGGACGCCGCUUCUGUCUGGUCACUGAUAACAGAGCGCUGUCCAUGAUUCUCAACCCACACCGUGAGCUGCCUAGCCUGGCUGCGGCACGGAUGCAGCGAUAUGCGCUACAGCUGGCCGCGCAUUCGUAUGAAGUCGAGCUGCGCAGAACAGAUGCGAUGGGAAUCGCCGACACACUGUCGAGACUGCCUUUGAGCAUCGUCACACAAGAGGAGGAAGAGGAAUGGUGCCCCCAGGUACUGAACACGGAGAACGAGGGGCCCACGCUGCACGCAAGAGAAGUGGAGGUGUACACUCGCCGGGACCCAGUACUCGGGAGAGUACUCCAGUACGUGCGCACCGGAUGGCCGGGAACGGUGGAUCCUACGCUGAAGCCGUUCCACCUGAGGCAGGACGAGUUGUCCACGGAGGGCGACUGCGUACUCUGGGGAGGAAGACUGGUGGUGCCGACCAAACUGAGGAACAGAGUGCUGCAAGAAAUACACUCAGGACACAUGGGGAGCAGCAAAAUGAAGCAGCUGGCCCGUCGACAUGUGUGGUGGCCAGGUUUGGACCGUGAGCUGGAGAAUUUGGCCAGCAGCUGUUCAGCCUGUACGGAGAAGAGAGCAUCGCCACCAAAGUCGACUCUGCACCCAUGGGAGCAGACCUCAGGCCCCUGGGAGCGCAUACAUGUUGACUUCGCCGGUCCAUUUCAGGGAACGAUGCUGCUGAUCGUAUCAGACAGUUUCUCCAAAUGGAUCGAAGUCACGGCAAUGAAGUCGACGACUGCGGAACGAACUGUCGAGGAGCUGAGGAAGAUGUUCGCCCGACACGGUCUGCCCAUACAGAUCGUAACAGACAACGGGACACAGUUCACGUCGGAAGAGUUUGCGACGUUCACUAAGAAAAACGGAAUCAGGCACAUCCGAUGGCUGCUACUGGCAAAACCCCAGCAGAGAUGCUAUACGGACGGAACAUCCGGACUCGGCUCGACCUCCUCCGACCGGAUGACAGAACAACAGCCAGAGGUGCUCAAAAAAAGAUGA